GUCAUCAUUUGACACGCCGCAUAUACCCGCACAUCUUGACAAUUUAUAGCAGAGGAAGCAAUGGGCAUUAGAAUUAAAGUUUAUUUCUAAGGUCUCAAUAUAUUAUUUCUAUUCCUUCAAUUUGUUUAUCUUAAAUUUGCAACUGCAAAAAUGGAUAUCGAAGAAUGUAUGAAGGAGUGGCAGGAUUUGCUUGCAGACUACAAACGACUCGAGACUAUAAAUAAGGAUUAUGCAACAAAGUUGGAGGAAGUGGGGGAGCUGCAAGCUGCAUGCGUCAAGGAACUCAAUCAUCAAAGAUAUAGAAUGUCUGUUAUAAAUGGUGCACUCAAGAGAUUAGAAAAGAAAGGUUUGACGAAAGAUGAGCGUGUUGCGAACCUCGAAAAGGAGAUAAUGAAAAGGAAAGCUAUGCUACACGAAAUAGAAGCCACUUUGCCCAAACAGAACAGUCUGUAUUUAAGGAUUAUUCUCGGAAACGUUAAUGUAUCUAUUUUGAAUAAAAAUGACAAAUUCAAAUAUAAAGAUGAAUAUGAAAAGUUCAAGUUAAUACUUAGUGCAAUAGCAUUUGUGUUGGCCGUCGCAAACCUUUAUAUAAAUUUCAGGCCUCUACAAUUGAUAUUAAUAUUCCUUUUGGUAUGGUAUUAUUGUACAUUGACAAUAAGGGAGAGCAUUCUGAAGGUCAAUGGGUCAAGGAUUAAAGGCUGGUGGAGACUGCAUCACUUCAUAUCAACAGUGGUUGCCGGCAUACUGCUCAUCUGGCCGCAGAAUACACCAUGGAAUGAAUUUAGACACACCUUUAUGUGGUUUAUUGCUUAUAUUAGCGUAGUCCAAUUUAUGCAGUUCAGAUAUCAAAGUGGAGUGCUAUAUAGACUUAAAGCGCUGGGCGCAAGACAUAAUAUGGACAUUACUAUAGAAGGCUUCCAUUCAUGGAUGUGGCGCGGACUCUCCUACCUCCUGCCUUUCCUCUUCGGAGGCUACAUAUUCCAACUGUACAUUGCGUACACAUUGUACCAUAUCAGCUAUCAUCCUGAAGCUACAUGGCAGGUGCCAGCGUUAAGCAUAUCAUUCCUGACGAUCGGCAUCGGGAACACGGCCACCACUCUCAUGGUCAUACCACAGAAGCUCAACGAGCAGGUUUCAUAUCUGGCUGUGCUGUUUUUAAUCUUGCACUGUUGCAACAUGUUUACAAUACUUCAGGUAUUGAAAAAGAAAGGCAAAAGCGGUUUGAAACUACGCUACAAAUUGCGCGCUAUUGCAUAUCGCCUUUCCAACGAAUUCGCCGUAUUGGAACAAAAAUGGAGGCAAAAUAAGGUGGAAGCGAAAUCGGAAUAAUCAAAGUAUUAAUAAAUGUGAUUUAACAGAUUGGGCGAAUGAAAUAUCAGUGUUAAGUGGACUAAUAAAAUACCAUUUAU